UUCAUAGAUCCCACUUCACUCGAACUUAACUUCCAACGCCCUUGAGUGGGUGUCAUUACGUUUCAUAAAUCCCCCUUCACUCGAAACGCUCCCUCGCCUCGCACUUCACUCGGACUUUUCUCGAAAAAAUUCAAGUGAGCGGUGGCACCGCCCUUCAACUACACUCGAGCCUCCCUUCAUCGCAAAAGAUGGCGGGUUACCCGGGUUAUCGGAGUGAUGCCGCUCGCAGGAUCGCGUCUUUUGAGUUCGCUACUCGUGCGUGCGACCUUGUGUUCGGCGUUAUGUACCCGCUCGGUCCGUCGGUGCCGCGGCGUAAUCUAUCGGACCGCCUGAACCCGAUGGAGCUGUACAGUGACCGCCAGUUCCUCGCGAGAUAUCGCUUUAAGAAGACGACGGUGAGGGAACUCCUGACGCUGCUGCCUCUCCAGCAAACCGGCGACAACCGAGGACUGCCGCUCACCCCCCUGCUCCAGUUGCUGCUCACCCUUCGCUUUUACGGCGCCGGGACCUUCCAGAUGGUAGCGGGAGACCUGGUGCAUGUCUCCCAGCCGACUGUCUGCCGCACAGUGAGGACGGUGACGACGCUCAUCGCGAGGGUGCUCUUCCGGAGGCUGGUGCACUUCCCGGCUGCGUCGGAGUACCACGGCGUUAUGCGCGACUUCUACGCAAUGGGGCAGUUUCCUGGCGUCACGGGUUGCAUCGACUGCACCCACGUGCGCAUCAGAAGCCCCGGCGGAGAUGAUGCGGAAGUUUAUCGCAAUAGGAAAGGAGUCUUCUCCCUGAACGUCCAGGCCAUCACCGGCCCACAGCUACAGUUCUUUGAUGUUGUGGCAAGUUGGCCAGGAUCUGUGCACGACAGCCGCAUCUUUGAUGGCAGUCGUGCGCGUGCCCUUUACGAGGAGAGCAGAGUGCCCGGCGUCCUGCUGGGGGAUAUGGGCUAUGCCUGUCUCCCUUUCCUGAUGACGCCGCUCGCAAACCCUGGAGCGGCAAAUAGUCCCGGAGGGAGGUACAACAAGGCCCAGAUCCGAACGAGGAACUCCGUCGAGAGGGCCUUUGGGGUCUGGAAGAGACGAUUUCCCUGUUUGGAUAUGCGGCUCCAGCACAAGACUCGCCACUCAUGCAGCAUCAUCACCGCGUGUGCGGCUUUGCAUAAUCUGGGACGUGCAAGAAAUGAGCCCCUACCUCCUCCUCCACCCCCGCCACCAAGUCCCAGGGCACGGAAUGCCAGAAGGCGGCGGCAGCCACACCUGCCACCGAUUCUCCCGGAGGACUCUCCUUCGGGUCUGCGUAUCCGGCAGAACAUCAUUCUGCUGAGCUUUACGUGAGCUGCACGUAGGCUCAAGAGGCCCAUCACACAGGCCAUGAAGGUGAGGAGUCGUACUUCCAAGUGUGUGAUACUUCAGUUUGACUUUAAAAGUGAACCAUCAGUAAAGCAGGCAUAGCAGUUUGAACAUGAUUUAUUGUGCAGCCUUCUGGCUCAGCUCCUGCAGCAGUAUGUUUUCCUUGAUACACAGGAGCUUCAUCUCCAUUUCGUGAAUGGCAUUUCUUUUUUUCAGCUCGUCCUCGCGCAAUUUAAUUUCCAUUUCAUGCAGCGCAGCUCUCUUGCUGAGUGCGUCGCGGUGGUCAUGUUCAAGGAAGUUGCAGCGCAGG